AUGCGUUUUCAAUUAUUCCCCGCCUUCAUUGUAAGCUUCCUUGGUUCUACCGUGGAUAGUCGCAAUUUGGAAGUGCGUACCAGCAAUGGCCUUGGUCGUACUCCUGCUAUGGGUUGGAACAGCUGGAAUGCCUUUGGAUGCAAUGGUGCUUCAGCUUCCUCGGCAAUGACUGCAGCGAACCAGUUUGUAAACCUGGGGCUCAAAAAGCUUGGCUACAUAUACGUGAAUAUAGAUGACUGCUGGAACACCAAGUCCCGCAACUGCUCCGGCAACCUUGUCGCUGAUCCCAAUAAAUGGCCUAACGGUAUAACAUACACCGUCAAUCAGAUUCAUGGUAUGGGGCUUAAGUUUGGAUUAUAUGGUGAUGCGGGUACCAUGACGUGCGCAGGAUAUCCAGGCUCCCAGGGACAUGAGCAGCAAGAUGCUACUUUACUAGGAAGCUGGGGGGUCGAUUACUGGAAAUAUGACAACUGCUACACACCCUGCAACGGACAAGUUCCACAAACAUGCUGGAUUGCACGAAACUCGGAAGCUUGUGUAUGGACCUGGGGCGGAUCGGUUGGGAAUUCCUGGAGAGUCACUGGUGAUAUUCAAAACACCUGGUCCUCCGUCUCAUCGAUUGCCAACACUGCGGCAGGGAUCUCGAAAUAUUCCGGUCCUGGUGGGUUUAAUGACUUGGAUAUGUUGGAAAUUGGCAAUGGUGGUCUCUCCGAAGCCGAAGAACGAGCACAUUUUGGUCUUUGGGCAAUCGCUAAGUCUCCAUUGAUUAUUGGUACGAAUCUCGCCAGCAUAAAGUUUUCUUCCCUAGCUAUCAUCAAAAACACAGGUAUAAUUUCCAUCAAUCAAGACUCUCUUGGAAAAGCAGCUACCUAUUUCACUCCAUCGGGUCAGGCGGGGCCGAAAUCUGGACAGCUAUAUCCCUACUGGGCUGGGCCACUCUCCGAUGGUGUCGUGGCUCUGGCACAUGGAGCUGGACAGAGUUCUACAGCGGUAAGACGGGAUCAGGAACUGGCAUAUCUGGAUCUUUAG